UCUCGUCCCCCCACCCCCGUGUCAGAGGCAGCCGUAGACACCGGCUCCAAAAUCACCACCACGGACUUACAGGAGAAGGAAGUUGUGGAACAGGCGGAAAAUGGAAGAGACGCCGCUGCUGUCGGGAAUGCUAAGGAGGAAAACGGGGAGCAGGAGGCUGACAAUGAGGUAGAUGAACAAGAGGAAGAAGGUGGGGAGGAAGAGGAGGAGGAAGAAGGUGACGCUGAGGAAGAGGAUGGAGAUGAAGACGAGGAAGCCGAGUCGGCCACGGGCCAGCGGGCAGCUGAGGAUGAUGAGGAUGACGACGUCGAUACCAAGAAGCAGAAGACCCACGGGGAUGACCAGACAGCAGAAAAGGAAAAGUUAAACUACCAAAAAAAAAAAAAAAAAAAAACGCCAUGA